GAAUCCAAGAAGCACCUGGCGGGUUUGGGUGUGCUGGGACUGGGCAACUUGAUCACUGAGAUCACCGCCAGCGAGGAGGACAGCCCAGAGGCUGAUGGAGCCCACCUGACUGAGGAAGGCUGGGUUAAGAGCACGGAAGAUGCUGUUGAUUAUUCAGACAUUAAUGAAGUGGCAGAAGAUGAGAGCCGCAGGUAUAAGCAGGCGAUGGGCAGCCUGCAGCCAGUUCGAAGACCAGAUGAAGAUGAAGAUGAUUAUGAUGCUGACUGUGAAGAUAUUGAUUCUAAGUUGAUGCCACCACCACCGCCACCUCCAGUACCUGGGAGGAAAGAAGAUGAAAAGGAUGCAGUUGCCACUGUAUCUGAAGAUGGAGACGGUAUCAUUUUGCCCUCCAUCAUUGCUCCUUCCUCUGCUGCCUCCGACAAGGUGGAUUUCAGCAGCAGCUCUGAUUCUGAGUCAGAGAUGGGACCUCAAGAAGCCAGGCAGGCAGAAUCCAAGGAAGGCAAACUCACACUUCCUCUUGCAGGAAUCAUGCAGCGAGACGCUACCAAACAGUUGCCAAGUGUUACAGAGCUCUUCCCAGAAUUUCGACCGGGCAAGGUGCUGCGUUUCCUGCGUCUCUUUGGCCCUGGGAAGAAUGUUCCCUCAGUCUGGCGUAGCGCCCGAAGGAAGCGCAAGAAGAAGCAUCGGGAGUUGGCACAAGAAGUACAGGAGGGUGAAGUUGUAGUUGAGAGUGGAAUGGAAGGAAAAUCUCCUUGGGAAUAUGAGUUUGCUGCUCCUCCCCCUCCUGAGCAGUGCCUUUCAGAUGAUGAGAUUACCAUGAUGGCACCUGUGGAAUCAAAGUUUUCCCAGUCGACUGGUGAUACAGAUAAAGUGACAGAUACAAAGCCUAAAGUGGCAGAAUGGCGCUAUGGCCCAGCACAGCUCUGGUAUGAUAUGCUGGGGAUCCCUGAAGAUGGCAGUGGAUUUGAUUAUGGUUUCAAGCUGAAAGAGAAGAAGGAGCAAGAGGUUAAAGGACACACAGAUGAGGGGGUGAGAGGAGAACUGUGGGGGAACGUGUGAUGUACAGCAGUCCCUAGUGGCACACACAAUGAGAGCUUGAAGGAUGAUCUGCUAGCUGAUGAGCACUUCCUUAUGGUGACACAGCUCCAGUGGGAGGAUGAUGUUAUCUGGAAUGGAGAAGAUGUCAAGCACAAAGGAACUAAGACGCAGCGGGCAAGCUUGGCAGGCUGGCUGCCAUCUAGCAUGACAAGAAAUGCCACUGCAUACAAUGCCCAACAAGGUUUGAACCGCAGUGGCUCUUUGCUCAAUCCACCAAUUCCACUAACACAGAAACCAAAUGUGACAGGAGUCCUAGGUGUAGCAAAGGGCAAAGAAAAACAGGCCCCUGAACAGCAAGUUACCCUGGAUGAAGACAAGCCCUGGUACUCUAUUUUUCCAAUUGAUAAUGAAGAGUUAGUAUACGGCCGUUGGGAAGACAAUAUCAUCUGGGAUGAUCAGGCAAUGGAAACCUACUUGGAUCCCCCUGUCUUAACCCUUGAUCCAAAUGAUGAAAACAUAAUUCUAGAAAUUCCUGAUGAAAAGGAGGAGAUGACUUUGAAUUCUCCAUCCAAGGAGAACAAGAAAGAAUCUUCUCUGAAGAAAAGUAGAAUCUUGUUGGGAAAAACAGGUGUCAUCAAGGAGGAACCACAGCAGAACAUGUCUCAGCCAGAGGUGAAGGAUCCCUGGAACCUCUCCAAUGAUGAGUUUUACUACCCCAAACAGCAGGGUCUUCGAGGAACCUUUGGAGGCAACAUCAUCCAGCACUCUAUCCCAGCAGUGGAACUUCGCCAGCCGUUCUUUCCCACCCAUAUGGGUCCUAUGAAGCUCAGACAAUUUCAUCGGCCUCCCCUGAAGAAAUACUCUUUUGGCGCAUUGUCCCAGCCGGGGCCCCACGCUGUGCAACCUCUGCUGAAGCACAUAAAAAAGAAAGCCAAGAUGAGAGAGCAGGAGCGUCAGGCUUCUGGCGGGGGUGAGAUGUUCUUCAUGCGCACACCACAGGACCUAACUGGCAAGGAUGGAGAUCUCAUCCUUGCUGAAUACAGUGAGGAAAAUGCUCCUUUAAUGAUGCAGGUUGGCAUGGCAACCAAGAUUAAAAAUUACUACAAAAGAAAACCUGGCAAAGAUCCAGGAGCUCCAGAUUGUAAGUAUGGAGAGACUGUUUACUGUCACACUUCUCCGUUUCUGGGUUCUCUCCAUCCAGGCCAGUUACUGCAGGCAUUUGAAAACAACCUUUUCCGGGCUCCUAUCUAUUUACAUAAAAUGCCUGAAACGGAUUUCCUGAUUAUCCGGACACGACAAGGCUACUAUGUUCGAGAGUUAGUGGAUAUUUUUGUAGUUGGUCAGGAGUGCCCACUUUAUGAAGUACCUGGUCCCAACUCUAAACGAGCUAACACCCAUAUCAGAGAUUUUCUGCAGGUUUUUAUCUAUCGGCUCUUCUGGAAGAGCAGAGACCGCCCGCGGAGGAUUCGCAUGGAGGACAUCAAGAAGGCCUUUCCCUCCCACUCGGAGAGCAGCAUCCGAAAGCGGCUAAAACUUUGUGCUGAUUUCAAACGCACAGGAAUGGACUCAAAUUGGUGGGUUUUAAAGCCAGAUUUCAGAUUGCCAACAGAGGAAGAGAUCAGAGCAAUGGUAUCCCCAGAACAGUGCUGUGCUUACUACAGCAUGAUUGCAGCUGAGCAGCGACUGAAGGAUGCAGGUUAUGGGGAGAAAUCCUUCUUUGCACCGGAAGAGGAGAAUGAAGAGGAUUUCCAAAUGAAGAUUGAUGAUGAG